AUGAACACUGACGUUUGUGCCACUCCGUCAAUCGUCCAGCUCGCUAAAGAUGGUGACACUGAGGGAGUCUGGAAACUCUUACAAAAAGAAGAAGAUGUGAAUGCAAGAAACUUUAUAGGACAAACAGCCUUACACAAGGCAGCGACAGCUGGAAAUGACGAUCUGGUUAGGGUGUUGAUUGGCGUAGGCGCAGAGGUAGAUUCCGCGGACAGGAAAUGUCAAACCCCGCUUUACAGCGCUGUAUUCAAUCUCCACACGAGCACAUCGUUCCUGUUAUUGGAGAAAGGCGCGAAUCCAGAGGGAAAUUCGAAACAUCUCAACACUCCGCUACAAAUAGCAAUAAUGCACAAGAAUGCUGCUAUACUAAAAAUUUUGCUGGAAUACGAGGCGAACACCGCUAUGACCUUCAGCAACGGUCGAGUCUGCGCAAUCGACUUCCUCUUGUCAACCACUAUAGACGGUCGGGUGUGUUUUGAUAUGAUGAAGUCGCUGUUACUUCAUGGAUGUGCCCUAGAUUAUAACCACGUGACCCUGCAGAGAAUGACAAUGUCCCCACUGUUUGCCUGUAUCUUUUACUUAAAGCCGGCGGCCAUAUUGGUCUUGUUGUACGAGUUUGGGUGUCAAAGAUGGGACUUUAAUUGGAGAGAUAAUCGCCUGUAUGAAAGGCGAGAGGAUAGGGAGUUUGUCGCAACAUAUGUCACUAAGAAGGCAGGUUCACCACGAAGCCUGUUGUCUACGUGUCGGGUUUACUUGUACCACGUCCUCCAAAGAAAACCCCUCCGUUAUCUAAAUCAUCUGGCCCUGCCUCGGACAUUGAAGGAGUAUCUGUUGUUCAGUGACCUACAAUAUUUCUGA